AUGGCCACGCUUCGUCGAUUCCACGACAAGCACCUCGUGCUACAUCCUCACGCAGGAGCCUUCACUUCAGAGCCAGACUCGGCACGAUGGAGCAACAAAGAUCUUGAUCCAGUGCCUCAAGAGAAGAAAACAUGGGAAUGGUGGCACGUCGGAGGCUUUUGGAUUGCUGAAGGCUUCAAUCCUGCACAAAUGCAAGUUCCUUCCAGUGCUGUGGCACUUGGACUGAACCCAGGUCUCGCGAUGGUGGCUUGCUUGGUCGGCAACCUUCUCGUUACUGGACCAGUUUGCAUUGUAGGCUGGCUUGGAAGCAAGUACUCAAUUCCGUUUCCGGUCAUUGCUCGAGCGUCAUAUGGGAUGAUUGGCGCAUACUGGGCAAUGAUCAUCCGUGGGAUAUUCUGUGUCAUUCUAUACGGUGUUCAAGCGACCCUCGGUGGGAACGCUGUUCGAUGCAUGCUUGAAGCCAUCUGGCCGUCCUUUGCCCACUGGCACUUGAACAGCCUUCCUAAAAGUGCAGACAUCACGGCCCCAGACCUACUUUGCUUCGCUCUCUUCUGGAUCGCCUCGUUCCCACUCCUCUUCGUGCCCAUGUCCUCACUGCGUUGGCUGUUCGCAGUCAAAAUUGCAAUCAUGCCAUUCUUCUAUGUGGCCUUGUUCACGUGGGCGUUGACGGCAGGCCACGGCGUUGGACCUUUGUUUUCGAUUCCCAACAAGAUCACCAGCGGAUGGUCGAUCGGAUAUGUCUUUUGUUCCACCAUCCUAGCCACCAUCGGAGGCAAUGCUACUUUUGCGGUCAACAUGGCGGACAUCACUCGCUACGCCAAAAAUCCUCGGAGCUCAGCUAUUGCGCAGGCAUUUGCGCUGCCAAUCUGUAUCACGAUGACACUCAUGGCGGCCACGGCUCAAGUUGUGUACGGCCAGGUUCUCUGGAACCCCUUGACAAUCAUUCUUCUCUGGAACAACAGGACUGCGAAAUUCUUUGCCGGCCUGCUCUUCGCGUUCGCGACCAUCGCAACAAACAUCACCGGGAACAGUAUUCCCUUUGCUCAUGAUAUUGCCGGUAUUUUCCCAAGAUAUAUGAACGUUCGACGCGGCCAAGUGCUAUGUGCUAUUCUCGGGUUUGCAAUGAACCCUUGGGUCAUCCAGGUUCGGGCUUCUCGCUUCUUCAAUUUCGUCGGAGGAUAUUCGAUCUUUCUGGGGCCGCUGGUUGGAGUCAUCUUGUGCGACUACCUGAUCAUCCGCAAGGCUAGACCAUACAAUAUAUACCAGCUUUACCGACCGGAAGGCCUGUACUGGUACUGGAAAGGGUGCAACUUCCGAGCUCUGACGGCGUGGCUGGUCGGUGUCGUCCCGCUUCUGCCAGGUCUGAUCUACAACAUCAACUCCAACAUCAAAAUGGACAAAGGCAUCUUGGAGUUCUACACGCUCGGGUGGCUGGAUGGACUGGUCAUUGCAUCGUAA